AUGGAACAAGAUUCAUUCGAUGCGGAUGUGGAAUUCAUCCCCCCAGAGCUCUGCUCGCGGCGGACCUGGACCGAACCGGUCACAGCAGGACCGACAACCGAGCUGGUGCCCGUUGAGCGACCAAGACCCGCUCCAGAGGCAGAUCUAAUCUAUGGGAAUGUCGUGGUAACUGGUCCAGUUCAUUCUAAGAUCCGAGGCAAAGUGAGCGACGAUGAAGAAGAGUUCGCGACCGUCCGGUAUUCGGCCCUCACCUGCGAGCCCGCCAUGUUCGAGAAGGAGCGAUUCACCCUCCGCCAGAAACUGUACAUCAGUCCUCGACGAACGGAGCUUCUCAUUACAGUACCUCUCUGCGGCAAAUCUGGAACUGAUCUCGGUCGGACUUUGACCAGCAUCUUCGCCAACAUCCAGUUCAUCUGCGAUCAAAAGGCCAAGAUGUGGAAGCGACGGGGUUGGAAGAAAUGCGUUGUCUGCAUCCUUGCCGACGGACGGAGUAGACUAACGGACGAGGCAAAAGCAGCCCUGAGCCUUCUUGGGCUUUGGCAGCCAGCCCUCGCAGUGCAUGACGUUGGGGGCAAGAAGGUCCUCGCUCAUCUUUUCGAGCACACCACCCGUGUUAGGUUACGAGGGGGCACUAUACACCCCGUACCGGAAUAUCUCGAAACGCCUGUCCAGAUGAUACUCUGUCUCAACGAAAGUCGUCAAGGCAUGGAAGACUGCGACAGAUGGCUCACUGAAGCAAUCAUGCCGGAGCUCGACCCGCGAAUGUGCGUUUUUGUCCCUGCUGGGGUAAUGCCAUCUUCCGACGCUAUUUAUCGUCUGUGGGAACGAUUAGACCUUCACCCAAGGUGCUGGGGUGCAGUAGGCCGAACGGACAUGGGAGCCUCGGUGCUAACAUGGGCUUUGAAUCCGCUGGCAGCCGCCCAUGGCAUGCAGUUGAAGCUGCAAGGCUUGCUGGACAAUCCACUCCAGUCGUUCAUGGGGUUUGCGCCUGUAUUGCCAAUUCAGCUUUCUAUUUUCAGGUGUAAGCAGGAGAUGGUGAAAUGUGAAGAGACGUCACCAGGGGACUUGGAAGACGGGUCCAUCCGAGCCAGGUCUAUGCCGAGUGCAUGGCACAGCUGUAUCUCGGAUCGUCGGCGAUGGGCAUUUGGCGUUCUCUCCCAGUAUCGAAGUCGAUAUCGACUGGACUAUGUUUGCAAAGCCAAAGCCCAUGUCCCAGCUCCUUCAUUUAGGGAAUAUCUGAUUCGCCGGCAGAACUACAUGCAGGACAGAGUCACUUUCGUGAUCAACGCGUUGAGCACCAUGCGCAGCAUAGCUGGAAUAUUUCGGAAAUUCAAGUUUAUGAUUUUACUGGUAUAUCUAUGCCUAGAACUAAUCUUUUCCUGGUUCGCAAUUGGCAACACUUUCUUGGUUUUCUUCUUCAUCAACCACUAUUUCACCUCCGAGUCAAUCAUUGGCCAACAUGGCUCGGGUACAGAGACCGCCAUAUUGACAUUGUACAGCUUCCUCUUAGCGAUCUCAACUCUCUGCGGACUCAGUCACCAACCACGGAGUAGAAGGCUUGGUGUCGUUCGUGCUCUCAUCACAGCCGGAUGGAUGCUCCUCGCAGUAUACCUACUUGCCGCCAUCAUUGUGGUUGCUGUCAAGACCACCAAGCCUACCUUUCACGAUAUGAUGGACGCUGGAAUGGGCUUCCAUGGAUGGUUUAGCGAACUGCGCUUCUUCAUAGCGAUACUCCCGCUGGUCGCCAUCUAUGCUAUAUGGCUCCUCACCUCCUUGUUGUUCCUGGACCCUUGGAUCGUCCUAACAGCGAGCAUCCAACAUGUCCUCUGCAUCCUCGUACACGUCAACUUUAUGAACAUCUCCGCAUUUAUGUAUACCGGCACUUCCGCAUCCGAGCUCGGGCAGCAAGAUGCAUCCAAAGACGAAAAAGCCCCGCCCACGAACUAUUCUUUUGACCACAGAGGCAGGAUUAAAGUCAACAGCGACAAUGACGAAGACCUCGAUAACGCAUACGUCCGCAUAAUGCAAGAUUUAGAAGACAGGAAGGGUCAAGAUCUUCAAGCAGCAAAGCUGCCCCCAAGCAGCGAAUGUGGUCAGGGGGUUUAUCCUGAGAAGGUGGUGAUAGGCUGGGCGUGGUCGAAUUUGGUGCUUUGUGCUGUCAUAUUAAAUACCCUUCCUUCUGUUAGACAUGAUUCGGCGGGAGAUGAGUUGCGGAACAUCAACACGGGGGCUUCAACACUUUACCUGCUUAUUGUAUUUUGGGCGCUUGGGUGUCUUGAGGCAGUGAAGUUCUGUGGUGCGCUUUUGUAUAUAAUCAAGGAGGCAAUAUAUUUCUUCUAA